CAUAGGCACAUACCUCCUCGCAAAGGAAGGGAAAAAAAAAGUUAGUUAAAAAUUAAGAAGCCAAGAUACAUCGAUCGAAAUGGCCGGUAGUCAAAAGAAAGUAACGGCGUUGAGUGUGUUGGCUGUAGUGAUUGUGGGAUGUUUUAUUCAGAGUGCCAACGCCAAAACUUGCAGCGGCAGCGUUAGUGAGUUUGGGUAUGCAAGUGCGGUGACGAAUAUUCUGACGACGUUGGCUAGAGUGACGCCGGGCAGGCCCACUUUUUCAUACGAUACUACGUACGCCGGUACGAUUGGAGGAAGUGCAAGUUGUCGGGGGAAGAAAGUGCAACCCUGCAUCGACUGUCUUGGUCGUCUCCAGUCGCAGCUCUCUUCUUGCACCAGCAGCCGGAAGGGAAGCUGUUCCGAGGCUACUUGCACCAUGUCUUUCCACAAGCUCUAGUUACGUACGUCCAUCCUUAGACGACGAUGGUCAUUUCCGUACCUAGUUUGAAAGAAUAGUCAUUUCCGUGUGUUUCUUUUCUUUUUUUCCCCCCUUUUCGUCCUUUCAUUUUAGGUCUCUUAAUUUCGAGCGCUUGAGUUUUUUUAGUACGCAAACUUACCUCAAAGUACUGCAUGUAUCAGUACUGUUAUGGUUGUAUCUGGAUCUCUUGGCUGUGUCAGUAAUAAAGCAUGAGAUAGUUU